AUUGGUCAUUCUGGAAGUAACAACCGGAUGUAGCAAUAUUAGCUUAACAGGCUAAGAACCGAGAGAUAAACGUCUUGAAGUUUGUGUAAAACAAGGGUUUAAUAAUAAAUUUAUUACCCGUCUUCGGGAAUAUAUUACUUCUGGAUAUCUGUUUUGGAUGGUUGUGAUUAUUUCUAGACGAAAUUUGCGCCACAGAAUGUAAUUGGCCUUUAUUAGCAACAUGAUCAGACUUUCAUCUGAAGAACAGAAUCAGUGUUUUCGAGGUUGAUGCAUGUUAAUAGUUUACAGUUCAGUUAUUUAAGACAAGUCUACACGCUGAAUUUGUGAGACUGUGCGGGGAGGACCACGUCGUCUGUGGACACCACCCCUAACGUUGUUGUCCAGCUGAAGACCGAGAGACUGGGGACACCCAGAUCUAUUGAUCAAGUUUCAGGCAGCAGGAAUAUAGAAGACACGGCUUAUAUGACCGAAACCUUGAUCUACUCUAGAACAUGUGAAGGUUAAAGACAAGGAUUGUGAAAAGGAGAAUCCCAGGUGGAGCGAGGAUUUUUGAGAUGAUGAAGGUUGAAGCAGAUGAACCUGGGUUCAGUUUAGAGACCCCCACACCUGCAGCAUCCACAUCAGACCUGGAGGAAACACAGGACGGCAAAAAUCUCAACUACCACAAGUUGGUGAUUAAAGAAGAGGUCCUCCCAGACUGGAGCUCCAGUUUAGACCAGCAGGACCCAGAACACCCCCACAUAAAGGAGGAAGAUGAGGAACUGAGGAUCAGUCAUAAGGAAGAGCAGCCUACUGUGAAGAGUGAAGAUGAAAAGAAACCUCGAUUAUCGAAGCCUAAUGAAAUCAAAACUGAAGACAACAGAGAGACCGAAGCUUCAACCAGCGGCUCAACUGAACAGAUAGAAAUAGAACUAGAUGGAGAGGACAGCAUAGAACCAGAACCACACAGAAACCUGGAUCCAGCCUGUUCUCAAAAGAACAAGACAACGAUUCUCAAUAGAGGUAAAAGAUCUAAACUGCAUUCAAAAUUCACAGGACAGGUUGGAGUUCACGCUGGAGAGAAGCCAUUUGGGUGCAAUGUCUGUGGUGAAAGAUUCAAAAAGAAGUCCCAUGUUAAAGUGCACAUUAUGACACACACAGGAAGUGAAGAACAUGGCUGUGAUCUUUGUGGGAAAGUAUUUAAAAAAAAGAGCUACCUUCAGAUACAUAUGAGGCUUCACACUGGUGAGAGACCAUUUGCCUGUGAUGAUUGUGGUAGGACAUUUCAUAGAAAGACCAUUCUUAAGAACCACCUGGCAGUCCAUUCAGGAGAAAAACCAUUUUCCUGUGAUGUCUGUGGUACAAGAUUUAAAAGAGAGAAAUCUCUCAAAAACCACGUGUGGUUGAUUCACACUGCAAAGAAGCCAUUUUCUUGUGCUGUUUGCAGUAAAAGAUUUUCCCAAGAAGAACAUCUGAAGACUCACAUGGGUGUUCACACAGGAGAGAAACAGUUUGUGUGUGGGUUUUGUAGUAGGGGAUUUUCACUGAAAUCAAAUCUAAAGACGCACAUGCGCGUUCACACCGGAGAGAAACCUUUCACCUGCAAUAUUUGUAGUAAGGAGUUUUCAAGACAAGAUCAUCUAAAGAGUCACAUUCGUGUUCAUACGGGAGAAAAACAAUUUAUUUGUGGGGUUUGUAGCAAAGAAUUUGCACUAAAACAGAAUCUAAAGACACACAUGCGUGUUCACUCAGGUGAGAAACCAUUCACUUGCAGCAUUUGUAGUAAAGGAUUUUCUCAACAAAAUCGUCUCAAAAGUCACAUGAGUGUUCACACGGGGGAAAAACCGUUUGUCUGUAGCGUUUGUAAUAAAGAAUUUUCGCAGCAGCGCAAUCUAAAAAUUCACAUGCAUAUACAUACAGGCGAGCAGCCAUUUCUUUGCAGCAUCUGUGGUAAAGGAUUUUCACUGCAAAGGAAUCUUAAGAUUCACAUUCGCGUUCACACUGGGGAGAAACCGUUUGUUUGUAGUUUUUGUAGUAAAGGCUUUUCACGACAAGAUUAUUUAAAAAGCCACAUGCGUGUUCAUACGGGAGAGAAACCGUUUGUUUGUGGUGUUUGUAAUAAAGGAUUUACGCAACAACAAAAUCUGAAAAGACACAUGGAGGCUCACACCGCAUGAUUCAGGUGUAGUGAAUGUUUGGGUGGGGGAAAUAAAGAUAAAUCUACCUGUGCAACUCCUUCCAGGGGAGCAAUAGUUUUAUUGUAAUAUGUGUAAAUUCAGAUGAAAUCAACAAACAUAUCUUGAAUUUCACAUGAUAUGUAGUUUCUACUACAGUGCAUUUCACAAACUGGAAAUCUAAAAAGAUCAAUGGUCUAUCUAUCUAUCUAUCUAUCUAUCUAUCUAUCUAUCUAUCUAUCUAUCUAUCUAUCUAUCUAUCUAUCUAUCUAUCUAUCUAUCUGGAGACAUUUCAAUUAAAGUGAAACAGGAACCUUUGGUUUCGAUAAGUGGUGAAUUUAACUACAAGAGCCUUCCAAUCAAUCAAACGUUUAACCACAAAUAAGAUAGCGCCUUUGGUUCUGAUCUUUGUAAAUAACACUUUAAGCAAAGUGCCCAUGCCUUUUUAAGGACUCAGAGCUUUUAUUAUGUCCAGCACCUUUUAACAAUCGUUUCCCAGUCCAUGAACCACACUGAACAGCAGGUGUGAAAUAUUCUCCAGCUUUAACAAACCUGGGGCUAAAUUAAAAAUGACCAUAAAGUCAUCAGUCAACUUCUUCAAAGGUUUGCCAUAAAUAUUGGGGAUGAGGGGAGGACACUGAUUGAUGUUAUUUUUAUUUGAGCAGUUUUUAAAGUUUAUUCAAUCCUAUGUGUAAAUAUUAACAGGAUUCUUUUUUAUUUAUUUUUUCUACCUGCUCCUGGAAUCACCAAGCUCCUCACAACAAAAUCUCAAGGUGGCAGCAACUGGCCAACUGUCAGUAAUUACAGCUCCUCACUGAUGUACAUAUGAACUUCUGUUUUCAGAUACUGGGUGUAGUUUAGAUGCACAUGUAAAUGUAAUGGCGCUAGAAUCAGGUGAGCUCUGAAAUAAAUAGUUUCACUUUGUCCUGAACAUCAUGUCUUUCUGACUCCUGCAAAGUAGUCAGAAAGACUACUUUCUGACUACUGAUGCAGAAGAUACAUCAGUAUCUUCUGCCAAGAUACUGAUGUUAGCAUCUUGGCAGAACUUGAUCACUACAGCCGUCCUUCCCAUUUUCCUCUUUAUAGAAGAAACACGUUAUCCUGUUGCCUAAUUCAAAAUUAUGUGCUUUCCUGAAAAGGUUUGUUUAAAAAAAAUAACUGUUAUGCCUGUGUAUAAAUAAUAUUCAAAAUGUGUGUACAUUCAGCAUUGUCUUCUUUUUAUAAUAAAUGUAAUUUAAUUUCA